UACGGCAUAUUUAUUACAUUGAUUUAUAAUUGGAGGUUCAUCAACAUAAUCUUUAUUGUAUUAAAAUAAAAUAACAUCAGUAUUCAACUAUAAUAAUGAUUGCAAAUGAAGCUGCUAUUAAUAAAACAAAUGUGAAUUCCACAGAGAAAGAAAACUUGGAUCAAACUAAACAGCAUGUAGGGAAAACAUUUGGUAAAGCUCGAGUAAAUGAUUUGGUUAAGUCCGAGGGUGCUGGUAAAAUAUUUCAACGCGAACAGUUCUUAAAAAAAUAUAUUGAAGCAAGAAAAGAAACUAAAUUGGGAGGUGAAAAUAAUAUGAAGUUGCGUGCCACGCCAUUGGCGCCAAUGAAUAAACAAUUUUCAGCCAAAAUAACGGCCUCCAGUAGAACUUUUUCGGCGCCAAUAUUAAAACCAGUGGUCGGGACAUAUAAUACAAGAGGUGUAACAUCAAGCAAAGAAAUUAAGCGGCGGGAAACUGUUGACGGUAUUAAAAAUGCAUCAAAUGCUUACCAUUUAAACCAAAAAGUUUCAGCGAAAGGUCCGAAAAGCAAUAACAUUCCAGACACUAAGCAAAAAAUGUCAAAGGUGUUAAAUGUGGAAAACAUAAAGACCAAAACAAAUCCAGUUGCAGGAGUUGCAGAAGAAAAACGCAUCAAAAACCAAAAUUUAACAUCGCUGCAAAAUAUGAAAAUAAUGGCACCUACGAAGGUGGACAACACCCGCAGUAAGUUAAUAACCAGAAAAGAUACUAAAGCAACAAAUAAAAUUACAAGUUCAACUGCAUCUACGGGAAUACCCAGCAAUAAUAAUCUUAAAUGUAGCAUUGUGGGGAGACCAGCUGUUACGGGAACUGGAACAUUGAAAAAACAGUGCACGAUCUCUGGUGGGACAGUCCAAUCUGCUGCAAAAACUGGUAAACAUGUUUCGACAGUACCAAAACCAAUAGACUGCAGAAAAAGUAAUUACUUUUAUCCACUCAAGCCAAAUAAUAAGGAUUAUAUUAACAAACCUAAUGUUGAGAUAAAGUGUGGUAGUUCGUGUAAAGAUGAAUGUAUGCAUUGCAAAAAGAAAACAGGUAAAAGAGAUAUUGGUAAAGUGGUUCAGAUACCUGCCAAUGUAACAACAUCGCAAAAACAUUUAAUAAAAGCAACAAAUACGGAUAAAACCAGGAAAUUCCUAAAUACUGUCGAAGCAUCUCAUGAAAUUUUUCAAACACCAAAUGAUUACAAGAGAGUGAAAUCGUUUUACACAAUUGUGACAUCGACCAAAUACUCACCACUCGACUGGACCGCUGAGGAUAUGAAUGAUAAUAUAAGUCCUAUAGAACCAAUAAAGCAACAGCAUAAAAUUGCUCUGCUUCAACCACCGUAUGAUAGUUUUUCAAAAAGUGGAUUGGCUGGGCAACAAAGAAAAUUUAAGUUUAUCCGUUAUUCAAUAUUGGAAUCAACAUAUUCAACAGACAUUGCAAUGCCGUUAGAGUUACAAACAAAUGAAGAUCUUAAAAAUGAUAAAAUUAUGGAAUUUGGCAAAAGAGCAAAGGAUAAAAUCACCGCAGUUCCUGAUGAUGCUAACAAUUGUUUGACUCCAAAAACUCGUACAUCUCAUGUGCAGCGUGAAGCAGCUAAUCCAGAGAAUCCCAAUAAUAAUGGCCAUGUUGAAGCAAAAUCCGAGGUAAAUGUUAAAGGCGAUGCGAAAUGCUUGCCGCGUGUAAAUCUCUUUCAAAAACAAUUGACUUGUGAAACAGAGCGCUUGGAAGCAAUGUGUGCAGCUUGGGAGCAAUAUAAAAUUGAAAAUCUAAACUUAUUAACAGCAAAAGCUGGAGAUGAUAUGAUAAAUGUAGCAAUCGGUCAGACAAAGUUGCUAACAGUGAAAAAGUUCUUACAAUUCGAGCAACUGAUUGACCGUUGCAGAAAUGGGUUGCUUGGAAAGGGCACUUUUGAUGACGGAAAAGAAGACAACAAACUUGUAACAGUUGAUGACUUGGAUGGAUUUUGGUCACUUGUGUGUUUACAGAUUGAUAACAUUAAUUCCCGUUUUGAAAACUUGACUCGCUGGCGUGAUAAUGGUUGGGUUGACCCCGAUCUUAAGCCUGUACAAACAAAGGUAAAAAAAUCCGGUAAACAAAAGCCACCUAGCAGUACCGCUAAACCUGCAGUUAACAAUGCUCUAUCAGAUGUAAUACGCAAGACCAAAGUAUUAAAUCAAAAUAAGUUAAAAACAACACAACCGACAACUGCUGAAAACGUAAAUUUUUCCAAGCCAUCUCAAGAGUGUCCUUCAAAUACCAACGGCAAAACUGUUCAGAACUGUGCUGGCGCUGGUACCUCGCGUACAUCAAUAAUAGGUAAAGAUAAAGGCAGUGGAGAAAAUGUUAUGCCCCAACAAUCCCAAGAGCGUCCUCUUAAUUCCAAUAACAAGAAAGUUGAAAAUUGUGCUGGUUCAACACAACAAUCUACAGCAGUCAAAGAUAAAGGUUGCGUACAACAACUAAUAGCUCCAUCAUCCACCAUUCCAAUUACACGUGCUUCAAUUGGUUUUAAAUCUACUAAAAAUGUACAACUACCAAAAUCUCAGAAGGGAAACGAAUUGUUAAAUAUUGCUUCUUCAGUUAAGGAUCAACAGCAGAGUGAUGAACUGGCCACAAAUGCAUGUAAACCAAAAACUACAAAAACAAUUGUUCGGGCUGAAGAAAAAUCAAAUGCCUUUAAUUCGAACAAGAUAACAAACAAUCCGAAUUUGCCAAAAAAUAAAUUAACUGGUAUAACUAACUUACCGAAGAGGCUUAACUCAAAGGACUGCGCAAGUGAUAAAAAUACACAAGUUACCAAAAAGGAACCGGAAGUAGGAACCCAGGAUAAAAACGCCAAAAAAUAGG